AUGGAGGUGGGGGAUAAGGUAGGUUGUGAUGUUCACGAGCUGGGUCGGAUGGUUAGUCGGGUUGUUCAGUUUAUGCGGUUGAAGUUGUCGGAGUUUGACAUCGUGGAUUCAUUUCAACGGGCAGUCCGGACUUGUUUUGAUAUGUUGGAUGAUGUUGAUAAGGUUGGGAGGAUGUUGAAGCAGGGGAUUUUCUUGGUCCAGUGUAUGGUGAAGUGGUACUUAACCACGGGGCAGAGACCGCUUCCGGUGGUCAUGGCUGUGUUGGUUUUCGUUGCUCAGUUGAAUGAAAUCGAUGUUCGGAUUGAGGAUGCGGCAAUGGAAUUACACGUGGCGGUUGUUAUGUGCAAACUGAGGUAUAAGGAGCUUUUAGAGAGUCUGGGGAAGGUUGCGCAAGUAUUGCCCUGGGAAAAAGAUAUUACAGUUAAGAACAUUGUUAAGAAUGCACAGUUUGUGUUGGAAUACAUGGAAUUGAAGUCAAUGUCUAAGCGUGGCGAGAAGAGGAAGGUUGUAGAUCAUGUUGGGUUUGAUAUGGAUGAUUUGGUUGGAAGCUGUUUGAGUGAAGAAGCAGAAUAUGAGCUUGAUAAUCAUGGCGUGGAAAAUGAUUCUCAGUAUUUCAAGGUGCAACAUAAGCAUUCUUCCCCGAGAGGGACUAGAGAUGAUUUGGAGACGCUCAAGAUAUCACACGAGUGCUUGUCAAUGAUGUAUUCAGAAUAUUCAAGCGAAGUUUCUAAUACUGAUUAUCUUGAAGAGGGUGGAUGUAAAAAUAGAAGGAAAAAAGGGAGAGGGUUCAAUCUUUUAGAUUGUAGGGAGUGGUGGAAAGGAAAGUCAGAAAUGAGCAGAAAGCUUUUGCUCAAGAAAAUACUGGAAAAAGACGUGGGAUUAGUUGCAAUGCCACCAUCUUUUGUUGUUGGAUGCUUGGCAUAUCAGAGGAGGAGAGAGAAGAUAAAGGCUGCUAAGCUGCGCAUUGAUAAGAUUAUGGGCCUGCAAAAUGGUGAUUCAGGUGACAAUGGUAACCUUUGCAUAUCGGACGGCGUGAAUGUUGGAAAGAAGUGA